AUUAUUUAUAUCAUAUAACAAUGUCAUCAGGUGUCAAAUUAGCUAGCGACUGUGUUGAAGUCUUCAACCAAUUAAAAUUAGGCCGUAAAUUCGGUAUCAUUGUCUACAAAAUCUCAGCUGAUUCAACCCAAAUUGAAGUUGAAGAAAAAGUUUCUGGUUCAGAAGCCACUUUCGACAAAUUCUUAAGCUUACUCCCAGAAAACAACUGCAGAUACGUUCUUUUUGAUUACGCUUUCGAAGAAGAAGGUGCCAACAAAAACAAAAUCACUUUUGUCCAAUGGUGCCCAGAAACCUCAAAAAUCAAAGAAAAAAUGUUAUACACUUCAUCAAAAGAUGCCUUACGUAAAGCUUUAGUUGGUAUUCAAAUGGAAAUCCAAGGUACUGAUAAAUCAGAAGUCGAUCAUGCUGCUUUCAAAGAAAAAGUCAACAGAAUCUAAAUUAUCUAUUUUUUUUAGUAAAUUGUGUUUUUAAUUAAAUUUAUUUAUAAAACAAUGCAAAAUUAAAUAUUCAAAACCCUGUUAUAAUAUAUACUCAUAAACUCCAAUCUUUUUUUUUUCAUAAAAAUUUUUAUAAAAAAAAAAGUUAGUCUUUU